AUGUGGAAUGCAGGUCCCUCAAACCACGUUCUUGAAAAUGAUGAUAGUGACGACUCAGAUGACGAUUAUGAGAUUGUGGCAGUAGCAGUAGUUUUGUGGUAUUACUACACAUACAUGGAAAGACCCCUGCCUCAACCAAAGCAUACAUCCGCACUCACAGGUAUAAUGCGUGUUCAAUACCUACUUGAUGGACAUGAGGACGUUAUUAGGUCGAAGAUUAGAAUGGGAAGUGAUUGUUUCAAGCGUCUUAGUACGUUACUUGAGCUUAAAGGGCUUUUAAGACCGACUAGGAAUAUGAAUGUGCACGAGCAACUUUUUAUUUUUCUAUACAUUGUAUGUCAAAGUUCAAACAACAGGGAGUCACAAGAUCAAUGGCAGCAUUCGGGUGCUACCAUUUCAAAGUACUUCCACGCUGUUUUGAAGGCGUUGUAUGAGCUCCGUUUUAACUUCCUUACACCACCAAACUUCGACAUUAUCGAUCCUGUCGUAGCCGCGCGUGGAAACAAGUAUCUGCCAUGGUUCCAGAAGGGGUUCUUCUCUCAAAAUGUAUUAGGAGUCUGUUCGUUCGACAUGAGGUUCACAUACAUGUUAGCUGGAUGGGAGGGCUCUGCUCAUGAUGCACGUGUGCUUGCAUCCGCAACAGAAACGAGGGAAAAAAAUUUCCCUACUCCACCAGAAGGUAAAUAUUACCUCGUCGACUCUGGGUACGCAAACAAUGAUUGUUUCUUGGCACCGUACCGAGGGAGCACUUACCACCUUCAAGAGUAUCGGGCAAGGAGGGGUCGGCCCCAAACUCAGCGUGAGCUAUUCAAUUACACUCAUUCUUCCCUCAGAAACUGUAUCGAGCGCACAUUCGGCGUCUGGAAAGCCAGGUUUCGUAUUCUUAAGUGCAUUAAUAACUACCCGAUACAGACACAAAUAGAUAUUCCACUUGUUUGUGCUAUUCUACACAACUUCAUACAUAUGUACAACCACAACGAUGAUCUACUAACCCAAUACAUGAGAGACGCCAUUCCGGUAGCAGAAAUUGAUCCACUCAACACAGAGCAAGAUGUGAAUCAAAAUCACAAUCCUGAUCGGGGAAGCCAACAACAUCAAAACCGUCCACACCGACGACAAAUGCACAUUUUAAGGGAUGAAAUAGCUAAUAGUAUGUGGGCUGCAUAUGAGAACAACCGGCGUUGA